AUGACUGUCCCUGGCUAUCUGGCUGCCCAGCUAACCAAUUCGCAUCGUACCUACCUCGAGCGCAAUCCCAAAUCUCAAACUGCCUAUCAGGAUUCCUUCGCAUAUCUUCCCGGAGGAAAUACUAGGACGGUUAUUCAUGCCGAUCCUUUUCCGCUUACUUUUGCGAAAGGGGAAGGGAGCACGUUGAUUUCGGUCGAUGGGCAUAGAUAUCUCGACCUCCUGGGCGAAUUCAGCGCUGGUAUCUUUGGCCACUCAGAUCCCCGUAUCGCAAAUUCUAUCAAUGAAGCAAUGACUGGGGGGUGGAAUUACGGAGGGACUUGCACCUAUGAGAAGGAAUUGGCAAAGAAAGCUUGCGAAAGAUUUGGUCCGAGUGGCCUCGAGCUUGUCCGUUUCACUAAUUCCGGCACCGAGGCAAAUACAAUGGCCAUUGCCACUGCGCUGAAUAUCACUGGGAGGAAAAAGAUUCUCGUAUUCAGUUCGGGUUACCACGGUGGGACUCUGGUGUUCCCCCUCUCUGUGAUGAAAGGUGAGAUGGUAGCCCCGAUGAACCUUCCUCACGACUUCGUGUACGCACCAUACAACAAUAUCCGCGAAACUCGAGAGAUACCAGACCACUUACCCCCAGAUAGCCUAGCAGCUAUCCUGGUGGAGCCCAUUCAAGGUUCUGGGGGCUGCCGACCUGCGGGCAGACGAUUCCUUCAUUUCCUUCGGACAGAAGCCCACGAGCGCAAGGCAUUGUUGAUCAUGGAUGAGGUUAUGUCUUCUCGUCUCGGGUAUUCAGGCUGUUCCGCUGAAAUGAAUAUUCGCGCCGAUCUCAUGACGCUCGGAAAAUACCUUGGAGGCGGGAUGACAAUUGGUGCAUUUGGAGGAAGAAAGGACAUCAUGGAACUGUUCGACCCCACAAAAUCCAAGCUGUUUCACCCAGGCACCUACAACAACAAUGUUUUCUCCAUGGCAGCUGGCAUCACCGGACUUGAUAUUUACAACGCCUCGGAAGUGCACCGAUUGAACAAUCUGGGAGAAGAAUUGAAGGAAGAUAUUCAAGCGAUUCUGAUGCACCACGGUCUCUACCCAGACAGCUACCCGAGUCCCCGUGUCGGUCUUGUGGAGAUCGAUAGCCUACAAACGGGAACAAAGGCAUAUAUUGAGGAUCAUCCUGACAAACUGCUCCAGCUCCCGUCGAUGUUUGUGACCGGGCGUGGGAGUAUGAUCAACGUCCGAUUUUCGGGUCCAGAUGCAUCACAAUGGCAGGCCCUGUUCUACCAUCACAUGCUCGAGCGGAAUAUCAACAUCGCGGUUCGCGGAUACACCCCUCUUCAUCUUUAUGUCUCCGACGCCGACUGUAAAGUUUACCUCGAGUCAAUCGAGGCCUUUGUGAUUGAGCAUAAGCCUAUGUUGACUAGUUGA